AAUAAGUAGUCUAUUGAAUGAUCCUUGACCUCUCCUUGACUUCUCUCAAAUUCCUGAAGAUCAUCCUUCUCACAGCACAUCUGACUUGAGUAAAGCACAUAGCAGAUUACCACGCAGACCAAUAGACAGGAUGGGCAAAACAGAAUGGAUGGUCAUAAUCCCCGACCACCCCAAUUCCCUCGAGACCCGACUCCGCAUCAGACCUAACCACCUCGAAGGAAUCAAACAAAAGAUCCAAGAUGGAGUAGUCGUCUUCGGAGGCGCCUCACUCGAGGAACCAACCAAAGAAGGCGAAAGCCCAAAAAUGAACGGAAGUGCCUUUCUCGCUGUGGCAGAGACAAAAGAGGAGAUUGUGGAGUUGGUGAAGAGCGAUGUAUACUAUAAGCAGGGAGUGUGGAAUGCUGAGAAGGUGAGUUUGUCACUAAGUGCUUGCCGAGGCGGUCGCGUAUUACCCAUGCUGGAUUCCUAUGCUAAUGUGAAUAUUGAACAGAUGCAAAUCUUCCCAUUCCAGAGCGCCAUUAGAAUGCCGAUGAAGUAGAUUAGCUUCGCAGCUCUGCUGUUAAAAAAACAUGCCAAGAACAGGAGUAUGGACCCCCGAUAUUUCCUUACAGCUUCGCUUUGACUUGUCCCUCGGAUUUCAACAUCGCAUCUGCAAUAUUCCUCCGUUGAAUCUUGCCAGUCGCAGUCUUUGGCAUGACCUUCACGAAAAAGACCUUCUUCGGUACUUUGAAUU